GGCAAAAAGCAAAGCCGUUUUUUUCCUCCUUUCUCUAUAAAGUCUCGUUCAUGCACCAACCAAAUAUCCUAUCUUAGCGACUUAAAAAAAUAAGACUUCAAAAUUUGCUCUUUCAAUAUAAGCCUCCGCAAGAAGUUUCUCAGAAACAGUUUUCUCAAGAAAAUAAUUGAAUUUUCCUCUAAAGCUCACAAAAUUCUCUGAUCUUCCAAACAAAAUAAACCCAUUACAGAAUUUUUACAAAACUAAAACUUCCCUAGCUACCAAAAGAAAAAGAGAGGCAAGACUCAGAUCUGAGAGAGAAAAACAAUGUGUUUGGUGUGUUUAUGUGAUGAGGAAGAGACAGAGUUAGGGAGACAACAAGCACCUGGAUCGUGUCCUUAUUGUGGAGGUAAAGUGCAAAUGCUUGAUGUCGAAAGAAAAUGGAUGUUCUGUUUCGUUCCUCUUUGUUUCAAGAUCAAGAGGAAGUACUCGUGUUCUUCUUGUGAUCGUCGUCUCGUUUUGUAUCAUUAAAAUUAUAAUAUUGUAGUUUUUUUUAUUAAUUUCCUUUCUUAAUAAUUAAAGUCAAUUAAUUAGCGUUUUAAUCAAGGGAAAUAAUUUUAGUCGGUGGUAUUUGGUACGGUUAGUAUAUCUAGUCGUGUAAACCGACAUUGAUCUUUUAGAAAUGUUAUAGAACUAUCUCGAUUCAACCUUAAUGUACUUUUUCUUUUGUCUUCGAGUGUCUUCUUAAGUCGGUCCAAAUUAAAAAGUGUUUCAAAUAUAUGUAAUCGUGUUGUUAGUGUAAUGAUGAAUCUCAAGUUUGGUGUAUUUGUGGCGAUUUCUUUUCUAUAUCACUAGAUAUGUUUGAAGCGGGA